AUGCGCGAGAUUGUCCACCUUCAGACCGGUCAGUGUGGUAACCAGGUCGGUACCAAGUUCUGGGAGGUGCUCUCGGACGAGCACGGAAUCGACCACAACGGUAACUACAUCGGCACCAGUGACGACCAGCUCGCCCGCAUCAACGUCUACUACAAUGAGGCCAGCGGCAACAAGUACGUGCCCCGUGCCGUCCUCGUCGACUUGGAGCCCGGUACCAUGGACUCGACCCGUUCGGGCCCGCUCGGUGGCCUCUUCCGCCCCGACAACUUUGUCUUUGGUCAGUCCGGUGCCGGCAACAACUGGGCCAAGGGUCACUACACCGAGGGUGCCGAGCUCGUCGACUCGGUGCUUGACGUCAUCCGCAAGGAGGCCGAGAACUGUGACAUGCUCCAGGGCUUCCAGAUCACCCACUCGCUCGGUGGUGGUACCGGAGCCGGUAUGGGCACCCUGCUCAUCUCCAAGAUCCGCGAAGAGUUCCCGGACCGCAUGAUGGCCACCUUCUCGGUGCUUCCCUCGCCCAAGGUGUCGGACACGGUGGUUGAGCCGUACAACGCUACUCUCUCGGUGCACCAGCUCGUUGAGAACUCGGACGAGACCUUCUGUAUCGACAACGAGGCGCUGUACAACAUCUGCUUCAAGACGCUCAAGCUCAACGCGCCCACCUACGGAGACCUUAACCACCUCGUCUCGCUCGUCAUGUCCGGUGUUACGACAUGCCUGCGUUUCCCGGGUCAGCUCAACUCGGACCUGCGUAAGCUUGCCGUCAACAUGGUGCCCUUCCCUCGUCUCCACUUCUUCAUGGUCGGGUUCGCGCCUCUGACCGCGCGCGGCUCGCAGUCGUACCGCGCGGUAACCAUCCCCGAGAUUACGCAGCAGGCGUUUGACAGCAAGAACAUGAUGACCGCCUGCGACACGCGUCUGGGCCGCUACCUCACCUGCGCCGCCUACUUCCGUGGCAAGGUGUCGAUGAAGGACGUCGAGGACCAGAUGCAGUCCUUCCAGCAGAAGCACUCGACCCAGUUCGUCGAGUGGAUCCCCAACAACGUGCAGACGGCGCAGUGUGAUAUUCCUCCUCGUGGCCUCAAGAUGUCGGUCACGUUCAUCGGUAACUCGACCGCGAUCCAGGACGUGUUCAAGCGUAUCUCGGAGCAGUUCUCGGCCAUGUUCAAGCGCAAGGCUUUCUUGCACUGGUACACGGGUGAGGGCAUGGACGAGAUGGAGUUCACUGAGGCCGAGUCCAACUUGCAGGACUUGAUCGCCGAGUACCAGCAGUACCAGGAUGCCUCGGCUCUGGAUGAGGACAUUGAGGGCGAGUACAUCGAGGAGGAGGAGCUCGUCCAGGAGUAA